AUGAAAAGUUUAGGGUACAACCAACUUCAACUGAGUCAGAAGAUUAUCAAAACAGAAGGGGAUGAUUCUGAAAUGCUUUUGCCAGAAUCGGAUAAAGACGAACUAGGAUAAAUAUUAAAUACAGAAGAAAGCAGAGGAAAGCCAAUGAAAGAACUUAGAUUUAGUCUCAAAAAUCAAGUUUGGAUAUUUGAUAGGAAUCAAAAAAGACAUCAAUCAUACAAAUCACCUUCUCCGGUAGGAACCAAAUCUUCGCCUUCCAUUUUAAAAAAUAAAAAUGCAAUAACGAAAUAAUAAAAUCAUGACCAUAUUAUUUAAACUAAUUAACCACAAUGA